AUGGCGACACCCGCAAACGAAGACGGCGUGAGCGCUGCGGAGAGAGGGAAAAACCCGAAAAAGGCCAAAAAUGAAGGGAUGGCCAGUACUGCAGUGGAUGAGUCUGAACUUCUAACUGUCCCUGAUGGCUGGAAAGAACCAGCGUUCACCAGAGAAGAUAACCCCAAAGGACUCCUGGAGGAGAGCAGCUUCGCCACCCUCUUCCCAAAGUACAGAGAAGCCUAUCUGAAGGAGUGCUGGCCACUGGUUCAGAAGGCUUUAGGAGAGGCACACAUCAAUGCAACCUUGGACCUGAUUGAGGGGAGCGUCACUGUUUGCACCACAAAGAAGACAUUUGACCCUUACGCCAUCAUGAGAGCCAGGGACCUCAUCAAGCUGCUCGCCAGGAGCGUCCCGUUUGAACAGGCGGUGCGGAUAUUGGAGGAUGACGUGGCGUGUGACAUCAUCAAGAUCGGAAUGCUGGUCAGGAACAGGGAGCGCUUUGUGAAGCGGAGGCAGCGCCUCAUCGGCCCAAAGGGCUCCACGCUGAAGGCUUUGGAGCUGCUGACCAGCUGCUAUGUGAUGGUUCAGGGCAACACGGUGUCGGCUCUGGGCCCCUACAGCGGCCUCAAGGAGGUGCGCAAAGUGGUCCUGGACACCAUGAAGAACAUUCAUCCCAUUUACAACAUCAAGGCGCUGAUGAUCAAGCGGGAGCUGGCCAAAGACCCCGACCUGCGGAGCCAGAGCUGGGAGCGCUUCCUGCCACAGUUCCGCCACAAGAACGUCGCCAAGCGCAAAGAACCAAGGAAGAAGAACGUGAAGAAGGAGUACACGCCUUUCCCUCCACCCCAGCCUGAGAGCCAGGUUGACAAGGAGUUGGCUACGGGAGAGUUCUUCCUCCGGGAGAGUGCAAAGAAGAAGAAGAAGAUGGAGGAGAUCAAGGUCAGACAAGCAGAGGCGCUGAGCAGGAAGCAGGAAGAGAGGAGGAAAGCUUUCAUUCCACCCAAAGAAAAGCCUCUGAAGAAAACCAGCAAAGCCCCGACAGAAGGCAAGCUCGACAUCGAAGCAAUCAAGGAGAAAGUUAGGAAAGCCAAAACCAAGAAGCUGGGAGCGCCACUUGUGCCCCAAGCCCUGCCUACCAACAAAAACGCCACCAAAAGCAAGAAGAAGAAAAGCUAACAUGGAGGCUACAGGCGUAUAAAACUGCCGGACUAAUGUUGUUUACUACUUGCUAUGUACGGUUUAAGUGAACAAGGCACAUCAGAUUCACAACCAUGUUGUGGGCGGGACUUCCUGUUGUCCUGUCCAGGAGGGCUGAGGCCAGCAGUGAGUUACGCUGUCCAUAGUUCUCUGCUUUCUUCAUUUGUGA